CAAACCCGCAGGCAGGGAGCACAGAGGGCUGUGAGCCGAGCACGCGGGCGCGGAGGCACUAGGGCCCGCGCGGGGCGCCGAGCCGCUCGGCCGAGACACCGCUGCGCCCGCCCAGAGGCCCCGGGGCCGUGGGGCGUGCGUCUCGCCUCCAGCCAUGGGGUCGGCGGCGCUGGAGAUCCUCGGCCUGGUGCUGUGCCUGGUGGGCUGGGUGGGCCUGAUCCUGGCGUGUGGGCUGCCUAUGUGGCAGGUGACUGCUUUCCUGGAUCACAACAUCGUGACGGCGCAGACCACUUGGAAGGGGCUGUGGAUGUCGUGUGUGGUGCAGAGCACCGGGCACAUGCAGUGCAAGGUGUACGACUCGGUGCUGGCACUGAGCACCGAGGUGCAGGCGGCGCGGGCGCUCACCGUGGGCGCAGUGCUGCUGGCGCUCGUCGCGCUCUUCGUGACCCUGGCAGGCGCGCAGUGCACCACCUGCGUGGCCCCCGGCCCCGGCAAGGCCCGCGUAGCCCUCACGGGCGGCGCGCUCUACGCGCUCUGCGGGCUGCUGGCGCUCGUGCCGCUCUGCUGGUUCGCCAACAUCGUGGUCCGCGAGUUCUACGACCCGACCGUGCCCAGGUCGCAGAAGUACGAACUGGGCGCGGCGCUGUACGUCGGCUGGGCCGCCUCGGCGCUACUCAUGUGCGGCGGCGGGCUCGUGUGCUGCGGCGCCUGGGUCUGCGCUGGCCGCCCCGACCUCAGCUUCCCCGUCAAGUAUUCGGCGCCACGGCGGCCCACGGCCAGCGGUGACUACGACAAGAAGAACUAUGUCUGAGGGCGCCGGGCACGCCCGCGAGCGGGAGGAACGCCAGGGGAGCCCCGCAUGGACAGCGGCCUCCGCCCGGCCGCGCCGCGCACAGGCUCCGCGGAACGCCCGGCUCUACGCCCGCCGACGGGACCCUGCCCGCGCUCGCAGCCCGUCCUCUCCAACUGCCACUAGUUGGGCCUUGGGCCGCACCCUGGCCUGAACAGGAGAUGCGCCCUUGGGAGGACUUGCUCGGUUUCUUUUUCUGUGCGCAGUCCUGGAUCCGACGUGGGCGGGGCUCGGGUUCCUUCGGCUGUGUGGGCACUGGACUGAAGAUGCCGCUUCUCUCCCCGACCCUUGGGGUCUUGGAUGCCGCCGUAUACCCCAGCGGCUCCUGCUGAGUCCAGAGGGGCAGACGGAGAGCCCAGGGCGCCCAGCCUGGGCUGCCCGAGGGAUGUGUACAGAUGGCUUUUACCCCAUCAGCGGGGCCUGAGCCCAGGGGGGCCAUGAGAUUUGGCCUGGACCUCCCUGCCUCACCCCAGCAGCUCCCCAGGGGAGUCUUAUGGGCACCAGAGCCUGAGUGUGGGGCUGGGGCCCUGCCCUCCUCUGCAGCUUGGGGGGAGGGUAAGAAUUUGCUUAGUAAAUAGUUUGAAUACCCUC